AUGACUCUCUAUUUUUCAUAUGCAGGGAUAAAUCGAACAGCCUUGAGGGAAAUCAAACUUCUCCAAGAAUUAAGUCACGCUAAUAUUAUAGGUCUUUUGGAUGCUUUUGGUCACAAAUCCAACAUAAGUCUGGUAUUUGAUUUCAUGGAAACAGAUUUAGAGGCUAUAAUAAGGGAUACCAGUCUAGUCUUGACUCCAGCGCACAUAAAGUCUUAUAUGUUGAUGACUCUUCAGGGCUUGGAGUAUUUGCAUCAUCUCUGGAUCCUGCAUAGGGAUUUAAAGCCCAACAACUUGUUGCUGGAUGAGAAUGGAGUCCUUAAACUGGCUGAUUUUGGUUUGGCCAAGUCAUUUGGAAGUCCAAACAGAGUUUACACCCAUCAAGUGGUAACAAGGUGGUAUCGGUCUCCAGAGUUGCUAUUUGGUGCUAGAAUGUAUGGUGUUGGUGUUGACAUGUGGGCAGUCGGAUGUAUUUUGGCAGAAUUGCUUCUAAGGGUGCCUUUUCUGCCUGGGGAUUCUGAUUUGGAUCAGCUCACAAGAAUAUUUGAGACAUUGGGUACUCCAACAGAAGAUCAAUGGCCUGGCAUGUCUAACCUACCAGACUAUGUUACCUUUAAAAGCUUUCCAGGAACACAGCUUGAUCAGAUAUUCACUGCUGCAGGGGAUGACCUGCUUGAACUUUUACAAGGUUUAUUCACGUUUAACCCCUGUGCUCGGUACACAGCCUCACAGGCACUAAGGAAAAAAAUAUUUUAGUAAUAGACCAGCACCAACACCUGGACAUUCGCUGCCAAGACCAAACUGCUCAGUAGAGGCAUUAAAAGAGCAACAAAAUCUUACUCUAGGCAUUAAGAGAAAACGAGUGGAAGGUGCAGAACAA